UGUUACAUUGAAUGUUAUUUAAAAUUAUCAUUUUAUUAUUUGAAAAUCAAUCAUUAUAAUUGCAGGCGUUUGAAGUGGUUAGAAUUUGUACCACUAAAUGCUAGGUUGGACAAUUCCGACAACUUUCGAAUAUGCAAUUUGCAUUUCGAAGAUGCGUGUUUCCGAAAAAAGUAUCCCAGACCGCUAUUAAUAAUAGGCAGUAUUUCGACAUUAAAUCCUCAAUGAGUUAUGUCAAUAAUAAAAUCAAGUCGAAGCCAACAAAUGAAAAUUGUUUAAUCAGGAUUAUCUUUGUACUUCACCCGAUGCAAUCGACUCAACUUCGUCGAUUAAUACAAGCAAAAUUACUAUCGAUUCAAUCAAGAAACCUGAAUCAUUACAUGGUGAGCUUCACAAUUGUAGCAAGGUUUGUAAUUUUGGUGUUCAUGUUUUUAUGA